GGGCCGGAGACUCGCCAUUGGAUUAAAAAUAGCAGCGUCGCCCGCCCGCCCCGAGCCCCCGGUGCCCGUUCCCGCCCCGCGGCCCGCUCUCCCCGCUCUCCCCGCCCGCCCCGGCUCGCCCGGCUGCGGUCGCCCGCGCAGCCCGCCCGUCCGCCCGCUCGCUGGCGCCACCGCCGCCGGCGGACAGCGCGCUCCGGCUCCGGCUCGGCUCGCUCGGCUCCGGUGCGUGCCGAGGCCAUGCAGCGCCGGGGCGCCCUGUUCGGCAUGCCGGGCGGCAGCGGAGGCCGGAAGAUGGCUGCAGGAGACAUCGGCGAGCUGCUGGUGCCCCACAUGCCCACGAUCCGCGUGCCCAGGUCCGGCGACAGGGUCUACAAGAACGAGUGCGCCUUCUCCUACGACUCCCCCAAUUCUGAAGGCGGACUCUAUGUAUGCAUGAAUACAUUUUUGGCCUUUGGAAGGGAACAUGUUGAAAGACAUUUUCGAAAAACUGGACAGAGUGUAUACAUGCACCUGAAAAGACAUGUCCGAGAGAAGGUAAGAGGGGCGUCUGGUGGAGCGUUACCGAAAAGGAGGAAUUCCAAGAUUUUUUUAGAUCUAGAUACUGAUGACGAUUUAAAUAGCGACGAUUAUGAAUAUGAAGAUGAAGCCAAACUUGUUAUAUUCCCAGAUCACUAUGAAAUAGCACUACCAAAUAUUGAGGAGUUACCAGCCCUGGUAACAAUUGCUUGUGAUGCAGUUCUCAGCUCAAAAUCUCCAUACAGAAAGCAAGACCCAGACACGUGGGAAAAUGAAUUGCCAGUAUCUAAAUAUGCCAACAACCUCACCCAACUGGACAAUGGCGUCAGGAUUCCUCCAAGUGGUUGGAAGUGUGCCAGAUGCGACCUGCGAGAAAACCUCUGGUUGAAUCUGACUGACGGCUCUGUCCUAUGUGGAAAGUGGUUCUUUGACAGCUCUGGGGGCAAUGGGCAUGCGCUGGAGCAUUACAGAGACAUGGGCUACCCACUAGCCGUGAAACUGGGAACCAUCACUCCUGACGGGGCAGAUGUUUAUUCUUUUCAAGAAGAAGAACCUGUUUUGGAUCCUCAUUUGGCCAAGCACUUAGCGCAUUUUGGAAUUGAUAUGCUUCAUAUGCAUGGGACAGAGAAUGGGCUCCAGGACAAUGACAUCAAGCCGAGGGUCAGUGAGUGGGAAGUGAUCCAGGAGUCGGGCACGAAGCUGAAGCCAAUGUAUGGUCCUGGCUACACGGGUCUGAAGAACUUGGGCAACAGCUGCUAUCUCAGCUCUGUCAUGCAGGCCAUCUUCAGCAUCCCAGAAUUCCAGAGAGCGUAUGUAGGAAACCUUCCCAGAAUAUUUGACUACUCGCCUUUAGAUCCAACACAAGAUUUCAACACACAGAUGACUAAGUUAGGACAUGGCCUUCUCUCAGGCCAGUAUUCAAAGCCUCCGGUGAAAUCUGAACUCAUUGAACAGGUGAUGAAGGAGGAGCACAAGCCACAGCAGAACGGGAUCUCUCCGCGCAUGUUUAAGGCCUUUGUAAGCAAGAGCCACCCGGAAUUCUCCUCUAACAGACAGCAAGAUGCCCAGGAAUUCUUCUUGCACCUGGUGAAUCUAGUAGAGAGGAACCGCAUCGGCUCGGAAAACCCAAGCGAUGUUUUUCGUUUUUUGGUGGAAGAACGCAUUCAGUGCUGUCAGACCCGGAAAGUCCGCUACACGGAGAGGGUGGAUUACCUGAUGCAGUUACCUGUGGCCAUGGAGGCGGCAACCAACAAGGAUGAACUGAUCGCUUAUGAACUAACGAGAAGGGAAGCAGAAGCAAACAGAAGACCCCUUCCUGAGUUGGUGCGUGCCAAGAUCCCAUUUAGUGCCUGCCUUCAGGCCUUCUCUGAACCAGACAACGUUGAUGAUUUCUGGAGCAGUGCCCUACAAGCAAAGUCUGCGGGUGUGAAAACAUCUCGCUUUGCUUCAUUCCCUGAAUACUUGGUAGUGCAGAUAAAGAAGUUCACUUUUGGUCUUGACUGGGUUCCCAAAAAAUUUGAUGUUUCUAUUGAUAUGCCAGACCUACUUGAUAUCAACCAUCUCCGAGCCAGGGGGUUACAGCCAGGAGAGGAGGAACUUCCAGACAUCAGCCCCCCCAUAGUCAUUCCUGAUGACUCAAAAGAUCGCCUGAUGAACCAAUUGAUAGACCCAUCAGACAUCGAUGAGUCAUCAGUGAUGCAGCUGGCCGAGAUGGGUUUCCCGCUGGAAGCAUGUCGCAAGGCUGUGUACUUCACUGGAAACAUGGGUGCCGAGGUGGCCUUCAACUGGAUCAUUGUUCACAUGGAAGAGCCAGAUUUUGCUGAGCCGCUGACCAUGCCUGGUUAUGGAGGGGCAGCUUCUGCUGGAGCUUCUGUUUUUGGUGCUACUGGAUUGGAUAACCAACCUCCAGAGGAAAUCGUUGCUAUCAUCACCUCCAUGGGAUUUCAGAGAAAUCAGGCUAUUCAGGCACUACGAGCAACGAAUAAUAACCUGGAAAGAGCACUGGAUUGGAUCUUUAGCCACCCUGAGUUUGAAGAAGACAGUGAUUUUGUGAUUGAGAUGGAGAAUAACGCCAAUGCAAACAUUAUUUCUGAGGCCAAGCCUGAAGGACCUAGAGUCAAGGAUGGAUCUGGAACAUAUGAGCUAUUUGCAUUCAUCAGUCACAUGGGAACAUCCACAAUGAGUGGUCAUUAUAUUUGCCAUAUCAAAAAGGAAGGAAGCUACUCCGGAGGCUGAUGCAAGAGGAUCCCUUGAGCCCAGGAGUUUGAAGCUUCAGAUUGUGCUACCAUACAGCCUGGGAACAAAAUGAGGUCUCUUAAAAAAAAAAAAGCAGUUGUGAUUCCCUACCAGCAUUCUGUUCCUUUUUAUACAACGAACUUGAGUAUAGUAUCUUCAAACAUCAUGGUUAAGUAUUGUGUGCCAUAUGGUUUAGCAACCUCUCUGUAAAGUUUCCUGGAACUGACUGAAAUCCAUCAAAUGCUUCUGUCUUG